GAGAUGCUCUCAGCCCUUUCAUUCCUAAACCCCACUCCACUCCAUGGCUUCUCCCCUGCCCACCCACGACCAGGUUCCGAUCCCCAUCGAUGCGAGCUUCGCCGGAGACACCAAGGCCUCCGCCCCUGGCUUCCCUACUGCCCUGCCCCUGCCUCUCGCCGACAAGGCCACUACGCAGUCAAUAAGUUGCAUGAUCGAGGCUGAACAGUUGGUACCUUGGUCAGAUCUUCGUCCGGAACUCGUGGUUCUUGUGCUCAAGCGCCUCCCUUCCCUGGCUGACCGUAUUCGUCUGAGAGCAGUCUGUCACCCAUGGCGUUCUGGUACUAUCUCACACUCACAGGUUCUUCCCCGCCCAUUCCCGUGGCUCACCCUCCCCGAUGGAACCUUCUUCAGCAUCCCAGGUGGUGAGGUUCACUGCAUUCCUGUUCCUGAUGGUGCUUGCUGCCAUGGCUCCAUUGGCAGCUCGCUGUUCCUCAUGAGCAGUGAUGGUGCCUUUUCAUUGCUGGACCCUUUCUCCAAGACCACAUUGCAGCUUCCUAAUCUAGUCACUGCUUGGCAGAGGGAGAUAGAUGACGCCCAUGCAGCCGGUGUCCCAGUUUCCUAUAAGUUGGUUGCACCCUCGCCCAUGGGCUCAUCACCCAAGUUGCUUGCUGCCGCGCUGAACAGUGGCAGUGGUUAUUCCGAUAAUCUUUGUAUUAUCAAACCACAAGUUGCCACCUUCCUAUUCAGACUCUCGGCGGAACCAUUUCCGCUUGUGGAUUUUGCAUUCUUCGAUGGACGGCUGCACGUGGUCUCUGAAUUUUUCAAGCUUUUCAUCGUUGAUUUCUCCGAAAACCUUGAAAACAAUCCAAACAUCAACUGCGCAAUUGACUCUGUUGGUGAUAUUCUUGGAGCUCCUCCAUACUUGAACCCAAUGGGGUGUUAUGAACUCAAGCAGUAUCUAGUUGAAAGUGGUGGUAAAUUGUUGAUGGUGCAACGCUUUAUGAUCUCCGCAGGGGGUUUCAGGGAUACUAAUAAUCAGACUGUUGGAUUUAAGGUCCUUGAGGCAGACAUGCGGACCUACCCUGGUCAGUGGAGGAUGGUGAGUGAUUUGGGUGGUCAUGCGCUCUUUCUUGGCAAACAAAGCUCCAAGUCCCUGCCUGCUGGAGAAGGCUGUGGACCACAAGCGGAUUGCAUCUACUUCAUCUGCGACUAUCCUUGCCCGGAGGCUUCUGCAAACCCUCUACGCGAUUCUGGCAUAUACAACAUGAGAAGUGGGACGUUGAGGCCAUUGCAUUCAGGGACUCCAGCAGUGCCACAACGCCAAGCUGGCCAGUGGGGCCUGACAUGGUUUUUCCCUCCUGAAGCUGUGUUUCAACCCAGCGUUGUUUGUCGACCUUUCUGAUGAGCCUGGGUUCUGCUUAUCUUUAUCCUACUAGUAUGUUAUCAUAUCGUUUUAAAUUAGUACUAUUGAUGGUGUGCACUUUCAAGUCCUGCGGGGAAUCUUUAUUUGAUAAUGUAAUCGAAUGCUUAAGACUAUCAUUGUGAAACUUAAUGUAAUGUCAGUAUGGUUAUGCGUUUUA